UCCUCCUAGAUAAAUACAUCAUACACAUGAAUGGGAGACGAACACUCUCGAACCGAACAUUUCACGCCCGCAUUUUUUAGAGCUCUGGUCCUCUGAUUCUCCAUCUAUGGCAACAUCCACCCCUUCUUACCAGAAAUACGCCAUCAAACGAAGAAAUCCCGACCCCAAAAACUCCGCUCUCCUCGUCAUCGACAUGCAGAACUACUUCUCCUCCAUCGCAGCGCCGAUCCUUCCCGCCCUCAAGAACACCAUCCAUCUCUGCCGGACCACCGAAAUCCCUGUGCUCUUCACCCGCCACGCCCACCGAUCCCCCGCGGACUACGGCAUGCUGGCUGAGUGGUGGAACAACGAUCUCAUCCUCGACGGGACCACAGAAUCGGAGCUCAUGCAGGAGCUCGGGCGGCGGAGCACCGAAACGGUGGUGCAGAAGAGCACGUACAGCGGAUUCCAGGGGACGGAUCUGGAGGCGAUCUUGAAGGAAAGAGGGAUUGAGGAGGUGAUAAUCACGGGCGUUAUGACAAAUCUCUGCUGCGAGACUACGGCGAGGGAUGCUUUUGGGAGGGGUUUUAGGGUUUUCUUCUCAACGGAUGCGACGGCGACUGCGACGAAGGAGCUGCACGAGGCGAGCUUGAUGAACUUGGCUUAUGGAUUCGCUUAUUUGGUGGAUUGCGAGAGCCUGAGUAAGGGUUUUGGGUUGGAGGAGGAGGAGACGUAGCGCUCUCGCACGCGUUUUGAGUCCACGGGAAAUCGGUUCGUUGCGCACCGGACUGGAAUGGUGGUGGGGUCCACCUGACGAGCUGCUUGGAUCUCGCGGGUGGGCAUGAUGGUUUUUUUUUUUUUUUUUGGUUUUCUUGUUUUCUUUUGUUUAUAAAUAAUCUUGUGUCUUUUUUUUUUUUCCUAUGGUAUUGAUUGCGGAGAAAUGAUUUUUAUGGUGCAUUUGAAUAAAUGGACAAUCCAGAUCUGAAUCAUACUGAGUGGUCGGUUCUAACCGUCUGAUCAGUAUUCCUGAUAAAUGGAUUGCCGUGAUUUUCUAGAAAAUGGGUCCGGUUGUCCAUUUGCCGUUCAUUUGCUUGGAUUGAUUGCGGUCCCAACGAAUCACUUGCAUGAUGAAUGGUGCUUCGUGGCAUUGCAUGA